CGUGUGUAACCGUUCGUUUAGCGCGGCCGUUCGACGUUGUCAGUUAGCUUCGCUCCGUCAAAAUGGGCCAAAGCCAGUCAAGCGAUGAGAAUGAAGAGAAGAAGCAGCAGCCUAAGAAACAGUUCGAGCCGAUCAUUCCGAAACCGGUGUCCCGCAAAAAGAUCUUCAAGGGUCCGGACGCGGCUUCUAAACUACCGAUUAUUAAACCGGACAAGAAUUGCCGUUUGAAGUUGUUGAAACUGGAACGUAUUAAGGACUAUCUGUUGAUGGAAGAAGAGUUCAUUGUAAACUGUGGUAGAUUAAAGUCCCAAGAAGAAGAAGAUGAGACAGAUCUUUUAAAAAUUGAAGAGAUACGUGGUACUCCAAUGGAUGUUGGUGUAUUGAAAGAGUUAAUUAAUGAAGAUCAUGCUAUUGUAUCAUCAUCUGUCAGCAGUGAUUAUUAUGUUAACGUAAUGUCAUUUGUUAACAAAGAAUUGUUAAUACCCGGUUGCACUCUGCUACUACAUCACAAAAAUCAUUCAGUGGUUGGAGCGCUGACAGAUGAUGUGGAUCCUUUGGUGUCUGUCAUGAAGCUUGUAAAAGCACCUCAAGAAACUUAUGGUGACAUUGGCGGCUUAGAAACACAAAUACAAGAAAUAAAAGAAGCUGUUGAGUUGCCUCUUACUCAUCCUGAAUUAUAUGAAGAAAUGGGUGUUAAGCCUCCCAAAGGUGUUAUUCUAUAUGGACCGCCAGGAACAGGAAAAACGCUUUUAGCUAAAGCUGUUGCACGCCAGACAUCUGCAACAUUCUUGAGAGUUGUUGGAUCUGAACUAAUCCAAAAGUAUUUGGGAGAUGGUCCUAAAUUAGUAAGACAACUGUUCCGUUUAGCUGAAGAGCAUGCGCCAUCCAUUAUUUUUAUUGAUGAAAUUGAUUCAAUCGGCACUAAACGCUAUAAUUCAAAUUCUGGUGGUCAACGUGAAAUUCAGCGUACCAUGUUGGAACUUUUGAAUCAGUUGGAUGGUUUUGAUGAUAAUAAUGAUAUUAAGGUGAUCAUGGCUACAAAUCGUAUUGAAUCUUUGGAUCCAGCUUUGAUACGUCCUGGACGUAUUGACCGUAAGAUUGAAUUUCCAAUACCUAAUGAUGAAACAAAACUUCGUAUAUUUAAUAUACAUUCAUCUAAAAUGACAUUAUCUGAAGACAUUGAUAUAAAGGAACUUAUUUCAGCUAAGGAUGAUAUUUCUGGUGCUGAUAUUAAGGCUAUUUGUACUGAAGCAGGAUUAUUGGCUCUCCGUGAGCGUCGAAUGAAAGUAAUUUCAGAGGAUUUUAAGAAAGCAUGGGGUACAAUUUUGUAUCGUAAAAAAGAUGGAAUACCCGAACAAUUAUACUCUUAA